AGUGGCGCUGCGCUGAAUGCAGCUGCGCGCGCCCGCCGGGUGAGCCAGCGAUCCGAGCCAGGCGGGGGCGGCCCGACCUUUCCCGCCCAGCCUGGGUCAGAGGAAGCCGAAAGCGGCCUCAGCAAGGUGAGGCGCCCGAGGCUGCAGAAGACCGAGCAGAACUUUGCAGAGUUCGGGAUGUGCUGGGCUAGGUCGCUGAGGACUUGACUGGCUUCCUCCCUCCUUCCCUCCACCUACCUUCUCCCUCCCCUCCACCAUCCAGUGGGUUCGUUCCGGGCCUCCAGUUAUCAGCUCCCGAUCUCGUGUUUGAGGGUAGCGACCCCGAUUUCUGUUUGCAUGCACAGCCAGCAGCCCUAGCGCCAGAUCCUAAAGCUGGAUAUCUUUUGACUGGGCUACCAGCCCGGGCCUCAAAGUUUUGAGUGAGGGCCGCCAAGCUCAGGCCCCAGCGAAGCCUCGAGCGCCAUGGCCGACCCGCAGGCUGGCUCCGCGGCCGGGGACUGGGAGAUCGAUGUCGAGAGCCUGGAGCUGGAAGAGGGCGGCUGCGGGGCGCCGCGGUCAACGCCCCCCGGGCCCAGCCCGCCGCCGGCAGACGGGGACUGCGAGGACGACGAAGAUGACGACGAGGUGGACGAAGACGCGGAAGAAGAGGGCGACGGCGAGGAGGCAGGCGCGUCCCCUGGGAUGCCCGGCCAGCCAGAGCAGCAGGGGGGACUGCAGCCGAGGCCGCCGCUCGCGCCUCAGGCCUCACCCGCCGGCACCGGUCCCCCAGAGCGCUGCACUCCUGUGGGCGGUGGCGCGGAGCCGCGCAAGCUGAGCCGCACGCCCAAGUGCGCGCGCUGCCGCAACCACGGCGUGGUGUCCUGCCUGAAGGGCCACAAGCGCUUCUGUCGCUGGCGCGACUGCCAGUGCGCCAACUGUCUGCUGGUGGUGGAGCGGCAGCGCGUCAUGGCCGCCCAGGUGGCGCUCCGGAGGCAGCAGGCCACCGAGGACAAGAAGGGGCUUUCUGGGAAACAGAAUAAUUUCGAGCGCAAAGCUGUGUACCAGAGGCAAGUCAGAGCCCCCAGUUUGCUGGCCAAAAGCAUUUUAGAAGGCUAUCGCCCCAUUCCAGCGGAGACUUAUGUAGGAGGGACCUUCCCUCUACCUCCCCCAGUUAGUGACAGGAUGAGGAAAAGAAGAGCCUUUGCUGAUAAAGAGUUGGAGAACAUUAUGCUGGAGAGAGAAUAUAAAGAAAGGGAGAUGUUGGAAACUUCUCAAGGGGCUGCUCUGUUUCUGCCCAACCGCAUGGUGCCUGGACCUGACUACAAUUCCUACAAAAGUGCCUACAGCCCCAGCCCAGUGGAACCACCGAGCAAGGACUUCUGUAAUUUUUUGCCCGCCUGCCUUGAUUUAACCAUGCAGUAUUCAGGGUCUGGGAAUAUGGAACUAAUUUCUUCUAAUGUCAGCGUGGCCACAACUUAUAGACAGUAUCCCUUGUCCUCGAGAUUUUUAGUUUGGCCCAAGUGUGGCCCCAUUAGCGACACCCUCCUCUACCAGCAAUGCCUGCUAAAUGCCACCACCUCAGUUCAAGCCCUGAAGCCUGGGGCCAGCUGGGACUUGAAGGGAGCACGAGUCCAGGAUGGACUCAGUGCAGAGCAGGACAUGAUGCCAUCGAAAUUGGAAGGCUCCCUGGUGCUGCCUUACACUCCUGAGAUCCAGACCACGAGAAGUGACCUUCAGGGUCAUCAGGCUGUCCCAGAGAGGUCCGCGUUCUCCCCACCCCGACGGAAUUUCUCUCCCAUUGUUGACACGGACUCCCUGGCAGCUCAAGGGCAUGUCUUAACGAAGAUCAGCAAAGAAAACACCAGGCACCCUCUGCCACUUAGACAUAAUCCAUUCCACUCAUUAUUCCAGCAAACACUUACUGACAAAUCGGGUCCUGAGUUGAAAACACCAUUUGUCAAAGAGGCCUUUGAAGAGACCCCUAAGAAACACAGAGAGUGUUUAGUUAAGGACAACCAGAAGUACACAUUUACAAUAGAUAGAUGUGCAAAAGACCUUUUUGUAGCCAAACAAGUUGGAACAAAACUCUCGGUGAAUGAACCACUGUCAUUUUCUGUUGAGUCUAUUCUUAAGAGACCUUCAUCUGCCAUCACUCGUGUCUCUCAGUGAAAGGCUGCUUAAACAGAAAGCUGGAUUUUCUGCAGUCUUAGAGCGUUAUUGCCAUUUGCUACUUUUUUUAAAAGUUAAGAUGUUUGUGUAAAGAAAUUUCUAAUGUAAAGAUGAUUUUGAAAAAUUUUAUAUAUUCGUAAUAUGCAUGUACUUUUUCUUAUCACAUAUUUAAACUUACAGGUGGAAAUUGCCCAAUGUGCAAAUUGUUAAGUACCACACUUUACACAGCAUUUCAAAAAGCAAUAAAAUUGACACUGUCUUCUCAAAGACCCAA